AUGGAAAACAUAAGCAAAGAAAAAACAGAUGAAAGGAUUAACAAGGUAACGAAAUUGGCUAAAGAGUUGGAAUUAAGCAUUGACAAAGGCAAAACCAGUGCUGGUAGUAGCACUGGGAGAGGGAGGAGUUCCAGCGUGAACGUGAGCACGGCUGAAAAGGUUAGGAAGAUGGGUUCCGACCUAAGGGAAUUUCUGCUCUCGGAAUCAAACAAGGUCAGCAAAAAUGCUGCCUCGUACAUUCUGAGAGUUGUUGGGGAAUACGAGAGCAUGCUGUCUCAGCUCACAGCUGAGAAUACUGGACUGAAGGGCAACAUAAAUGAGAAAGAGAAAUGGCUAAAGAAGGUAGAAACAGGCGAAAUAACGCUGAAAAGUCAGACCCAGAAUGUCUGGGUAGGACCAAACGUGGCGAGCGCGCCAGUACCAAGGGUAACCCCCCCGAAAAGGGAGGCCCCAAAGUCAUACGCGCUCGUCGUAAGAGAUAUGGGCGGCAAGCUUGACAGCGAAGCUGUUAAGAGAAAGGUCAUAGCUGAGGUGGCAGCUGAAUGCGACAUCCGCGUCACAGCGGUACGCAAGUGCAGAAAAGAGGGCGGAAUUGUCAUUGAGACAAAAUCCGCUCUCGAGCUUGAAAACCUGGAGAACUGUAAAAAGUUUAAAGGGUUAGGUUUAAGUGUUGAGAAGCCUAGGAAACUAGGCUUCAAAAUGAUAGUGUUUGACGUUCCGUCAAACCUUACUGAGAGUGAUCUCAUCGAUGAACUCCAUAGAAAAAAUGGGUGUGGGUUGGACAAGGAAACCUUCAUCAGUAAGGUGAAGGUUAGAGCCAGAGGUGGCUCAGGAGAAAAAGGAAAUGUGGUGCUCGAAGUGCCUCAGAAACCGACAGGAAUGAACCCGACACUGGACAUGGAGUCCUGUCAGAAUAAACUCACCGACUUGCUGGAAGCCAUUAAACACUUUGACACUGGGAACACCACAAAUGAAUAUACUCGGAUUUCAACAAGAUUGAUACACAUUCAGAGAAGACUGAAUUUUAUUAUCACUGAAAAUGAAACCGAGUCACAGAUGAUAGAACAAUUAAAGGAGACUGCAGCUCGGGCCUUGAGGUCAUUGGAGGCACUAGUGACUGCAGACAGACCGCAGCCAUCGACUCAUCCGGAUGGAUCGCUUUUGGAUAUAGAGAUUCCACAGUCGCCGGGGAUGUCUCCCAUACAGCCAACCAAGGUUGCACCACUGGAGACAUCGUUGAUAACAUUGGACGCUGAUGAUCAGCCACUACCACAGGUUCCAAUUCCCCAGGCUGCGACACCUAAAAAUAAAUCAAAAUUAGCACAGGUCCUGAAUGAAACUAGACAGGAAUGUGAAGAUUUACUACAGCAUUUACCAACAAUGCCAGUUUCUCAACCACAGAGACAGAAUGUGGAACAACAAGAGGGGCCAACUCAUAGUAGGUGGACGAGCUCUAUGAGAAGGGUGUCAUUCCCCCAUCCGACGGAAUCGAUAAUAGAUUUGAACCCCCGACAUGACACCCAACAGAAGUCAACACCGACUGCAACGGUACCCAUUCAUAAAUGGAAUAUUUAUUUUGAUGGCACUGAUAGCGUAACCGGAUUUAUAGAGGAGAUAGAGAGAUUGGCUGAAUCCCGGAAGACAUCCUUAGAGCAUGUGUUCGAAUCGAUUUACGAACUUUUACGAAAGGAUGCCAAGGAUUGGUUCAUCCCCCGGAGGGGACUUUUCAGAAACUGGGAUGAUUUCAAAAAUCAAUUAAAAGAAGCAUUCUUACCAGUCAAUUAUGAAGAGAACCUACUGGAUGAAAUCAAGAAGAGGAUGCAAGGCCCUGAUGAAAAGCUAUUGUUGUAUGUUACCCGGAUGCAAAAUCUGUUCCAGAAACUGACUUGCAAUCGUCCCACUGAGAGUGAACAGAUUCGACUGAUAAGACAGAGGUUAUUGCCAUCACUGCAGCAGGCUUUGGCCUUUCAAGAGACCACCACAUACGAUGAACUGCUGAAGAAAGGAAAAAUCUUUGAAUUAGUACAAUGGCAAAUGGGACAUUAUACAAAACCACCGGCUAACCCCAGCCUUAUUGAUGAACCUCAUCUCACUUAUCAACAGCGUCGUCAAAGAGACUAUCAAGCUAAUCUCCAUGUACUGACAGAAGAUCAAGUCCCAAAUUCCAAACCGGAUUCCCCGAGGCCAGUGUCCUCCCACGGUAGAAUAGAAAACCGAAGACCCACUGGACCUGGUCGUUCACAACUGCCUUCAAGAUCACUGGAGCAUACAGACAACAGGUCAAGAAAUGGUAACACCUCCCAGGGCCGGACUGGAUCCCCAGCGGAACGAAGAGUGACCUUUCAGACCCAAUGCUUUCGAUGCGGAAAAUAUGGACAUUUAAGAAGAGAAUGCCAAGGAACGCCGAAAUUAUUUUGCUCCCGAUGUCAGAGAGUGGGCAUCCUCUCCCGAGAUUGCCCCUGUUCCCGGAAUCAGAAAAGAACUUCCCCGACGACGUCCAUCGAGCUACUGACUCCACUGAACCCCACUACUGGAAGUGACAACCGGCCCCUGGUGCUGGUAUACAUCGAAGGAAAAGUAUUUCACGCACUGGUAGAUACUGGUGCAACCAAAUGUUUCUGCAGCCGGAAGGUAGCCCAGCUGUGUGAAAGGAAUGGAAUUAAGGGAGAAAAAUCCAACACAGAAACUGUCAUGGUAGCAAAUGGUCAAACGACAGCCACCCCGAAGAUGUAUCACUUGUCAAUGGUGAUAGCCGAUUAUGUCCUGACAGAUAUAGAAUUCUUGUUGGUACCCAAUUUAACGGUAGACUUAAUCCUGGGAAUAGAAGUCCUCAAGAAAUACAACUUCUCCCUGGAUCUUCGAAAGACAAAUGUCUACUUGGAAGGUCGACUUGUACCCAGAGUGGAACAGGUGACAAAGAAGGCCAUAGAGAUACAGGCCGCAGCAGAACACCUACUGGAUCUAACUGGUGAGCAGAGGACGAGACUGGAUUCCUUCCUCACCGAAGAACUAAGAAAAUUUACCCAACUGAGUGGCACUACAGACUUGAUAGAACAUAAAAUAAAGCUGAAACCUGGAAUUGAACCGAUUAAACAAAGAUAUAGGCCUCAGAACCCGAAGAUGCAGGAAAUCUUUGAUCAGGAAGUGGAUCGAAUGCUGGAGGAAAGAGUUAUAGAACCCUCCAAAUCCCCCUGGAGUUCACCCGUGGUACUGGUCAAGAAGAAGGAUGGGAAGUAUCGCUUCUGCAUAGACUUUCGAGCAGUCAAUGAGGCAUCAGUUAAGGAUGCAUAUCCCCUGCCAUACAUCUCUGGAAUUCUGGAUAAACUAAGACGGGCCAGAUACAUAUCAACAAUUGAUUUGAAGCAAGGAUACUGGCAGAUCCCACUGGAGACAGAGAGUCGCCCCAUUACUGCGUUUACAGUGCCUGGAAGGGGAUUAUAUCAGUUCACGGUAAUGCCCUUUGGACUACAUGCAAGCCCAGCAACCUUUCAACGAUUCUUAGACACCAUCAUCGGACCGGAGAUGGAACCAAAAGCUUUUGCUUACCUAGAUGACAUCGUCGUGCUGGGAGAAACGUUCGAGGAACACCUGGAAAAUCUACAAGAGGUAUUCCGACGACUGAGGGAAGCCAAACUGCGUCUCAACCCAGACAAAUGUGAGUUCGUCCGGAAAUCACUGAAAUACUUGGGACAUGUCGUCACCUCAGACGGAAUCUGCACUGACCCCGACAAAGUGUCGGCCAUCGUCGCCUUUCCGGCUCCAAAGACAGUGCGAGAGGUACGAAGAUUCUUGGGAGUCGCCAGUUGGUAUCGUCGCUUCAUUGAGAACUUCUCCGAGGUAAUUUCUCCAUUAACACAGUUGUUAAAGAAGAAGCAACGAUGGAACUGGGGUCAAGCACAGCAGGAGGCAUUCGACAUCCUGAAACAUAAACUGAUGCAAGCGAUGUGGGACUGGGAGGAGCCCUAACUCAAACUAUCAAAGGAGAAGAAAGAGUCAUCGCUUAUGUCAGCCGGACAUUGAACGCCGCCGAGAAGAAUUAUUCAGUGUCCGAGAAAGAAUGCCUCGCCAUAGUAUUUGCGAUAGAAAAGCUGCGACCAUACCUGGAAGGGUUUAGAUUCACGGUCAUCUCCGAC